GGCGGCCAGGCAGUUCGUUUGGAGCUAUCGUGGAGUUCGGACGUGGUCGAGCGGAGCGCGUAUAUCCAUCCCAAUCCGAGUGGCCGGUCUGCGUGUGUGUCUGCCUGUUUGUUUUUCCACCGCAUCCGUCAGAUACACCAUUCCAUUACCCAUCUCCGUGUGCAUCUUCGCCGGAGGGAUGCAUAAUUCGCUGCUCGUUUUCGGAUUCGGGCAAAUGAAUUAAUUGUGGAAAAUACAUAGUUAAAUUCCAGCUCGUUGAAGCGGCAACCAAUCUAAUUAGGCAUACCAUAUAUAAACCCGACUUUGGCCGAGAGUGGCUGCAUAAUUGAGUAAUUAAGUUUUGCAGUGAACAAGGGCUUUUGGCACUGCACACAAUCGAAAGUAUCUUGGGUGAAAAGCGCAGCAGCAUCACAAUUGAUUGCUUUCACAUGGAUACGAACUCGGUGAGUCCGUUGCCACCGAUGGAGGCACCCAUGGCCAUGUUGGACAGCGAAAAGACGCCACCAGGAACCCCUAAUGGCGAGAUGCCACCACCACCCGAUGAAAAGCGCUAUGAGGAGGAUCCGGACAAUGCCUGGAACUGCUGUUCCUGGUGCGAGUACUUGCUGAUUGUUAUCCUGUCCACCAUCCUGCUGGUGGGUGUCCUGGUCCUGACCCUCUUCUGGGUGAUGUUCUACAGGGAUGGCUUCGCCUGGUCGGAGAGUCCCAAGCAGCAGUUCAACUUGCAUCCCAUUUUGAUGAUUGCAGGAUUCGUGACUUUGUCAGGAUUUUCCAUUUUAAUCUAUCGCCUGUGUCGAUGCGUGAAACACAUCUAUGUGAAGCUCAUCCACAUGUUCUUCCAUGCCGUGGCUAUUCCGUGCAUCGCCCUCGGAUUCCUCGCCGUCUUCGACUCCCAUGACGCUCUGCAGAAGGUGAACUUCUACAGUCUCCACUCUUGGCUGGGUCUCGUGACAAUGGGCAUGUUCGUGCUCCAGUUUGUGAUUGGCUUCUUCAGUUUUCUGGUGAUGCUCUGCUGUGAGAACAAGACAUACAGCUGCCGCUCCGCCAUGGUGCCGAUCCACGCCAGUCUGGGCCUGGCCAAUUUCUGGCUAGCCAUUGCCACAUCCGUCACGGGACUGAUCGAGAAGGAGCGCGAAACCGUCAAGGAAACGAGCGUGAGUUCCGAGAAUAAGCUUGUGGAGCACUAUAUUACCAGUGCCAUUGGUAUCACCCUGAUCUUCAUCGGCAUCAUUGUCACCUUUGCCGUGCGGCGUUCCAAUGCCCCCGCUUCGGCGAAGGUCUACGUGACCGAACGCAUUUAGAUGGGCCGUCCGGCUCGUCGGAGUCUCCGUCAGCGGCUGGGAUCCACCACCACGGCCAGGACGGGAAGCGAGUCGCAGCAUGUGUAUCCGAGGAUCGAAUGGGGCUCUGGACCUCCGGAUCUCGGGCCAAAAGACUACCGGGAAGAACGAAAAAGGAAACAAAAACAAACACAGAAUCGGAUCAUCCAAGUGGCCCAAUCGCCGCCGCCGGCAGGCUUAGCACAGAGAGAUCACGCUUCUGCAUCUCUAUCCGAACCUUUUGUAACGUUUUAUAUGCCAAAUUAAAACCUUUUAAAAAUCGUAAAUCAAAAGAAUCACUUAGGCUACUACUAUACUAUCGCGCUAAUCAAAAACUUGACUACUCCUUCCCUUUUCAACUUCUCAGUAGAUGUGUAGGAUUAGGAAUCUCAGAAUAAAAGAAGAGCCGCCGACCAAGCCAGCAAAUCUAAUCAAAAUUAACGUGUUCAGUCUUAAGGACUUACUCUGAUGCAUUACGCACAUACAUACUACAUAAAUUAUAUACAGAUAUAAAGGAUUAGCCAGUUUUUUCGGUACUAUCUAUAGUAGAAUUUUGAUAUAAGCCCAUGUAACUAGUGUAUGUAUUUCUACCACAUAACGCAUUAAAUAUACGCACUCGAACUCAAAAUGUA